AUGCGAUCUGAUCGUGAAGCGGUGGCCACGAGCCUUCGACGGUUAGCCUUCGUCUCGGCGUCAAUCGCCAUGUCAACCGUCGUUCUUCUUGGCGUCAUGAUACCUAUGCUCAUCCAUUCCGCUUUACGAGCUCAGAUCAAUUCUGAUCGCAUCUUCGAGCCCUGCUAUUCGUCCGGCACCACCACCUGGCAAUUUCUGCAUGAGCUCAAUGUGUCGCCGUCAACAAGAGAAAAGCGUGCUAGCAACCCUGGAAGCGCUACCCACGGAGUAAAAAAUGCCUACGUCUGGCCCAACGUGGAUUUAGGAUGCGCGAAACAAUACGGUCCUCCCGGGCUACCAGGUAGACCAGGAGCCGAUGGCUUGGACGGUAUCGACGGCACUAAUGGUGCUCCUGGAAUCCCAGGAAAAGACGGAAUUAAUGAAAACCAACGAGAGCCAUGUUGGAUUUGUAUGAAAGCCCAGCAAGGACCACCAGGGCCACCAGGACCCAAAGGACGUCCGGGACAGCCAGGCUCUCCUGGAGAGCACGGAUAUUCUCCAGUUGGUUUGCCGGGCCCACCAGGAGAACCAGGAUUACCAGGUCUUACGGGAGCUCCUGGAGCCAAAGGCGUCCCGGGCAACCUGGGAUACGCCCAAGAAAACAUAAUUGUGGGAGAUCCCGGUCCACCAGGUCCACCCGGCGCACCAGGAUUCCCAGGUGCACCAGGUACUCCAGGAGCACCAGGCUUAAAAGGUCCACCUGGAUAUCUACUUGGCACUCCUGGUCUAGAUGGAGCUCCGGGUAAAGCGGGUGCUCCAGGAGCCAUGGGACCACCUGGACCACCAGGCGCAAGUGUCUUCUGCGAUCAUUGCCCCGAACCCGUGCUGCAAUCUGGGUAUAACAGCUCUUCAGCAGACAGAGUCAAGGUUAUCCCAUCUGACACGACAGAGGAGUUUCUGAAGAAGCAGGCGAGCCAUAUUCUAAAAAAUUGA